AAUGAGGAUGCUGGACUUGGCUGACGUCAUAGGAGUGGGCGGGUUUCAGGUCGGUGUGGGAAUUGAUAUUAGGGGGGUGUAUGGCACAGUGCCUGUCAGUGUGUCUCCUGCCAGUGGUGGUAACGCUACGCUUCUCUUGUGCCUUGUAGACCUGGUGGUGCCAUCAACGAAUAAACAUGGAUCACGCAGGCCAUGACCACAUGAACCACGGCAACAUGGACCACGGCAGCAUGGACCACAGCAGCAUGGACCACUCCGGCAUGGACCACUCUGGCAUGGACCACGGGGAGCACUCAGGACACAACAUGGCCAUGGCGGUGGUGAACACAACGAUGAGGGCGAUAGUGGAGGCCAUGCAGACCACAGAGAAGGUUAUGGACCAUGCGGGUCACGGGGACAUGAACCACGGGCCGGCGACCUCUGCACCAAUGAAGCACAGUGGACAUGGCCAUGGCCACGGACACGGCAGGGACAUGGACAUGGAUAUGGAUAUGGAUAUGGGAAUGAGUAUGUCUUUCCACUUUGGGUACAAUGAAACCAUUCUGUUUGACUGGUGGAAGAUCAGUACCAUUGGCGGCCUCAUUGGGUCCAUGGUGGGCAUCUUCAUCCUGGCCAUGCUAUACGAGGGACUCAAGUAUUGGAGAGAGCACCUCUUCCGCAAGUCCCUGGCAGCCAUGCAGUACUGCGCCAAGGUGGAGAAAGGCAAUGUCACCGAGCAGGACAAACCAUCACAAUAUAUGGAGCAGAUCAUUAUGCCCCCCACGAUGAAUAUGUUAAGUGUAGAUCACGGAAUCCAAACUCUGCUACACAUGGUCCAGAUGAUCGUGAGUUACUUGCUCAUGCUGAUCUUCAUGACCUACAACGUGUGGCUGUGCAUAGCGACGGUGCUCGGGGCGGGGCUUGGUUACUUCCUCUUCGGAUGGCGCAAGUCUGUGGUGGUCGACAUAACGGAGCACUGCCACUAGUCCCCAUGUGUGUGUGUGCUUGUCAAUCUGUGAAGAGAGAGUUGUGAAUCCGUGGUUAUUGUUGUUGUUUUUUUAUAUAGACGGCUGUGUUAGUGAGAAACGCUGUGGUAAUAGGAAAUAAAGCCACAGUUUGUACAUCUACUGAACCUGGAGGUACAUACAUUCUUUCCAUAUCAUUGAUUUUUUGGUGCAUCUUAUUUUUAAUGUUAUAUAACAAUACAUACAUAUAGAAGGAACAAGAUGAUCCAGAAUGUUGUAAUUACUGAUCACUCCUGUUCAUGUAUUUUAAAAAUUUUAUUUUUUUAACAAAUAUAAAACAUGACUGAUGGAAAGUGUGAUGUGUGAACAGGGUGACUUAGUGAUGCAGUGUUGGUGUCUGGGGCAAGGGGAUGAGGUGGAAGGUGUGCGGGUGACUGAGGGGACUGCUAAACGUACAAGCCUUUGAUGCUUCACUGCAGGGAAUGACUGACGACUGGGAACAAUUCACCUGAUGGAGUGAGGGAGCAACAAGCACCACAUGUAAAAUGACUGAUACAACUGACAGGAGUUUUAGGUAUUGAGUGAGUCUAUUUUAUCUACCUGAGACCUCAGUGACUGAUAAAACUGACAGGAGUUUUAGGUAUUAAGGUUUACAGUGAUAUCUCCAUCAAAUAAUCAUUCCCCAAAUACUUCAGGUUUUUAAAAAUUUUUGGGAAUGAUAAAAUUUUGGAGGCAAUUCAUAGCUAAAUGGGACUUGCACCCAUCCCAGUCAGUCUCUCACUUCCCUGUACUUGACUGGUGGCAAGAUGGAGUACUGCUGCAAUGAUUUCCUGUGACUAUUGCUGUAAAUAACACAGUUCUGAUUGAUUGUCACUGAACAUUUGAUUUACGUUCCUUGUUUGUUAAGCACAUUUCUAUUGCAACAUGACGGCACACUAACAAAAAAGACAAACUGACAUAAAAGUACUUUCUCUCUCUCAGACCCACAGUAUGUUUGACAAACCAGUCACUCUCCAUAGCCUCUUACAUAUUAAACAUAGCCACAGUACACUUCCUCCAUAUAAAUGAACACAUAAUAACUGUAUUUAGUCACAACAUACAGCUACCAUCUGUAUAUCAAGCCAACAUCCACCAACCAACACAGAGGAAGGAAAGGAACACGUAAUGAGAAGCAACAGUAGUAAGUUCAUGACAAAAAUAACUGCCAAAAGUAAUAAGGAAGAAAGAGGAGAAAUACAAGUAAAUAUCUGAAGGGGAGGAGGAAAAGUGAUCAGGAUCUCAGAACACUUAGUUUAAUGAAAGAAUAAGGAACAAGAGAUUUUGGAAGUGGAGGUGGGAUGAGAGACGAUGUAUAAGUAAAUGUCUGAACAUCUUAGCUCCAUAUGAGUUAGAAAGAAGAGUGAAAGAACCAUAAAGCUACACUAUAACCAGAGGACAGUAAGCAACCAUACACCUCAAAGAAGUUCACAAAGUGCAAAGUUUAUAUUUAUUUAUAUCUCAAAAUAAACACUGGUGUGGACUGA